ACAUCGUCCAUUUUUCGCAUAACCGCACAUGGUGCCGCACCGGCCGAGGACCGUCAGCCUCUUUUUUUGUGGGAUUUUGCUCCGUUAAGGACGAGAAAUCAGUCUCGUAGUAAACCGAUAAAUGCAAGAUACUGUCGAUAUGGUGGACGACCAGGAGUAUGAUGAGGAGGAGCCCUCAUUCAGCGACCCAGAGGACUAUGAGGAAGAUAUGGAAGAUGAGGAGCUCAUGGAGGACAUCCUGAAGGAGAAGCCCCUUGAGGCUGAUGGCAUAGACUCGGUGGUGGUGGUGGACAACGUCCCACAGGUCGGUGCGGAGCGUUUGGAGAAACUCAAGAACGUCAUUCACAAGAUUUUCUCCAAGUUCGGCAAGAUCGCCGCAGAGUUCUAUCCAGAGGGUGAUGGCUUAACCAAAGGGUACAUCUUCUUGGAGUAUACCGGUCCUACCCAGGCCCUCGAAGCUGUAAAGAACGCAGAUGGAUACAAACUCGACAAACAGCAUACAUUCAGGGUUAACCUCUUUACUGACUUUGACAAAUACAUGAACAUCAGUGAUGAGUGGGAAACUCCUGAAAAGCAGCCUUUCAAAGACUUUGGUAAUAUGCGCCAUUGGACUGAGGAUCCAGACUGCCGGGACCAGUACAGUGUCAUCUACGAAGCUGGAGAGAGGACUGCCAUUUUCAAUAACGAUGCUAAGGAGCCAAUCGUAUCUGAAGAAAGAGCACGCUGGACAGAGACGUAUGUGCGCUGGUCUCCCAAAGGAACGUACCUGGCCACCUUCCACCAACGUGGCAUUGCAUUGUGGGGCGGCGAGAAGUUCAAGCAGAUCCAGAGGUUCAGCCAUCAGGGCGUGUCCCUGAUCGACUUCUCACCAUGUGAGAGGUAAUCAAUAUUGCUGUUUCG